UAUAUAACUUUAGCUCAGGCUUUGGGAAUGAACAUGGGAGGAGCUCCAGCUGGACCAGCUGGAACUGGUAAAACAGAAACGACGAAAGACAUGGGAAAGGCUCUGGGAAAAUAUGUAGUAGUAUUCAACUGUUCUGAUCAAAUGGAUUUCAGAGGUUUGGGUAGGAUUUUCAAAGGUCUUGCACAGUCUGGAUCUUGGGGAUGUUUUGAUGAAUUCAACCGGAUUGAGUUGCCUGUCUUGUCAGUUGCAGCACAACAAAUCUAUAUUAUCUUAACAGCGAGAAAAGAAAGAAAAAAACAAUUCAUUUUUUCUGAUGGAGACUGUGUAGAUUUAAAUCCAGAGUUUGGAAUUUUCCUAACAAUGAAUCCUGGAUAUGCUGGACGCCAAGAGCUACCGGAAAAUCUCAAAAUUCUGUUCAGAACUGUGUCAAUGAUGGUUCCAGAUAGACAGAUAAUUAUAAGAGUUAAACUUGCGAGUUAUGGAUUUAUUGAUAAUGUGGUUUUGUCUCAGAAGUUCUUCGUUCUUUAUAAACUUUGUGAGGAGCAGCUCACUAAGCAGGUUCAUUAUGACUUUGGUCUGAGGAAUAUCCUUUCAGUACUUAGGACUCUUGGAACUCAAAAAAGGGCCAGACCAAAUGAAAGUGAAUUAAGCAUUGUUAUGAGGGGGCUAAGAGAUAUGAAUCUUUCAAAGCUGAUAGAUGAAGAUGAGCCCUUGUUUCUGAGUCUUAUCAAUGAUCUGUUUCCGGGGCUGCAGUUGGACAGUAAUACAUAUAAUGACCUUCAGGCUGCAGUAGCUAAUCAGGUUGAGGAAGCAGGAUUGACUAACCAUCCACCAUGGAAUCUUAAGCUUGUUCAGUUGUAUGAAACUUCUCUAGUUCGUCAUGGGCUGAUGACACUUGGACCCAGUGGAUCUGGAAAAACAAUGGUCAUAACUAUGUUAAUGAGAGCACUGACAGAAUGUGGACAACCUCAUAGAGAAAUGCGAAUGAAUCCCAAAGCUAUUACAGCUCCUCAGAUGUUUGGAAAACUAGAUGCUGCAACUAAUGAUUGGACAGACGGAAUAUUUUCUACACUGUGGAGGAAAACAUUGAAAGCUAAAAAGGGUGAAAAUGUGUUUUUGGUUUUAGAUGGUCCUGUUGAUGCAAUUUGGAUUGAGAAUCUAAAUUCAGUUUUGGAUGAUAACAAGACUCUCACUCUAGCAAAUGGAGAUCGAAUUCCCAUGUCUCCUACUUGUAAAUUGUUAUUUGAAGUCCACAACAUUGAGAAUGCUUCUCCAGCAACGGUUUCUCGUAUGGGUAUGGUCUACAUCAGCUCUUCUGCCCUUAGCUGGAGACCAAUAUUACAAGCAUGGUUGAAAAAACGUUCUGCUCAAGAAGCUGAAAUUUUGCAAAGUUUGUAUGACAGAAUCUUUGAACCAGCAUAUACAUAUAUGAAACUAAACCUUAAUCCAAAAAUGGAGCUUCUGGAAUGUAACUACAUUAUGCAGUCCAUUAAUCUUCUGGAAGGUUUGAUUCCAUCGAAGGAAGAAGGUGGCUUAUCGUCUACAACUCAUCUGCAUAAAUUGUUCUGCUUUGGAAUAAUGUGGAGUUUAGGUGCCCUUUUGGAGUUGGACAGCAGAGAUAAACUUGAAGCCUUCAUCAGAACUCACGAUAACAAAUUAGAUUUACCAGAAAUUCACCCUGGCACCAAUCAAACGAUGUAUGAGUUUUACGUCACUGAUUAUGGUGAUUGGGAACAUUGGAGUAAAAAUGUUCAGGAAUAUGUGUAUCCAACAGAUAAUGUCCCAGACUAUGCAUCUAUUCUGGUUCCAAAUGUUGACAAUGUCAGAACUCAGUUUUUGAUAAACACAAUUGCAAAACAACACAAAGCAGUUCUGCUCAUAGGAGAACAGGGAACUGCAAAGACAGUCAUGAUUAAGGCAUACGUGAAGAAAUAUAAUCCAGAAGAACAUUUGUCAAAAUGUUUAAACUUUUCAUCUGCCACAGAACCAUUUAUGUUUCAGAGGACAAUAGAGAGUUAUGUGGAUAAACGUGUUGGAAAUACUUAUGGACCUCCUGGAGGCAGGAAAAUGACUGUUUUCAUUGAUGAUAUCAAUAUGCCAGUUGUCAAUGAAUGGGGAGAUCAGAUAACAAAUGAAAUUGUUCGUCAAAUGAUGGAAAUGAAAGGAAUGUACAACUUAGAUAAACCUGGAGACUUCACUACUAUUGUAGAUGUACAAAUAAUAGCAGCAAUGAUACAUCCAGGAGGAGGCCGUAAUGAUAUUCCACAGCGUUUAAAAAGACAGUUUUGUAUAUUCAAUUGUACAUUGCCAUCCAAUGCAUCCAUAGACAAAAUCUUCGAUUUCCUGUAUCUAUAA